AUGAAUCCCCUCGCCAUUCUCCGUCCCGCCGCGCGCCACGCCGUGCGCACACAGCCGCCGCGCCGGGCGCUCUCCCUCCCCGCCGCGCGCUGCAUGGCCGUGCCGUCCGACGCCUACGGCAGCGCGCGCAUGCCGCGACUGCGCGCCGACCCGGAGCCGACCGGCGAGCUGGCCGUCGGGGAGCUGCACGGGGCCACGUUCCGCGUCGAGCCUCUGCGGCGCGUCGGCGAGACGGACGCGACGAAGCGGGCGCGGCUGCUGUACCAGUCUCGCAAACGCGGCAUCCUCGAAUCUGACCUCGUCCUGUCCACGUUUGCCGCUCAGCACCUGCCCACCAUGACGUCGGCGCAGCUGACCGAGUACGACCUGUUCCUCGACGAAAACGACUGGGACAUUUACUACUGGGCGACGCAGCACGAGCCGUCGUCGUCGACGAACCCGUCCGUUGCCAGCUCGCCCGCGUCCGCCGGCGCGGCCACGCCAGCAGAAGUCGAUGCCGCCAGGGCCUCUGCCGAGGAACCGGGCGCUGCUGACGCCCAGGAGAGCGGCGUCGUGAUGAAGCGCGCGCCCGGAACCGGCGAGUGGGCGCAGACGGUCGGCACCUUCAAGCCCGCGUACCGCCCCGUGCCGCAGCGCUGGGCCGACAGCGAGGUGCUCGCGCUGCUGCGCGCGCAUGUCCGGGAUAAGAGCGUGGAUGGCGGCGACGGCAAGGGUAUGGCGUUCAUGCCGGCGCUGAAGGAGUCGGACUUUGCGUGA